AUGUCUAAAGUAGACGCAGCGCUUACGGCGCAAAAAUCGAUCGGAACCAAGGUUCGAUCUAAAUUAACAAGCUACAAUUCGUUACCUAUUGAGAGGAAAAAUUACGAAUAUGUAAAGCAAUUGAUUAAUGAAGCUGAAGAACUUCGGAACGAGUUCAACAAUAAUAAUGAAUUUUUGUGCAGAACUGCGUUGUUGGACAGCGAACAUCAAUACUUCAAGGCCAACUACUACGACGAAACGAUAAAGUAUUUCACUGAGUAUAAGGCAUUGAUGCAAAAAACAAUCCAUGAUUUACAAGAAGCAAAUCCAGAGCAAAAAACCGGCAAAACUGGAGACCAUCGGCUCAAUGAUUACAUAAUUGCAGUGCAUAAAGCGGAAAGCGAAAAUGAUAUUGAUCAAGCCAGAACGUUGGCAAAUAUCAUUAAAAGCUAUUCGAGAAUUAUAGAAGUGCAGUGCGACAUAAUUAGCAGUCCAAGCUGUAACAUACACGAUUUCUUCGAUAUGACAGAUGAAAUGACAAGAAUUAUUGAGAAGUACGAAGCCUCGAAACCUUCCAAUCCAGCUAACUGGCAAUCAUCGGCGAAAUUACCGAAAUUAAAUGUUCCUCUAUUUUCCGGGGAAUACGUCAAAUAUAAAUCAUUCAAGGAGUUAUUCCAACGUAUGAUUGGCGGGCAGCAGCAAUUGGAUGACUGCGAAAAAUUGGCAUACUUGAAAGGGCAAUUAAAAGGUGAACCUUUAAGAUUACUUUCAGCGUUACCAAUAGAAAAUGCCAGUUACGCUAUCGCUUGGAAAACGCUCAAUGACAGAUAUGAAAAUUGUCACUUGAUAAUGGUGCAGCUAAUGAGAAAACUAAAGUCUGGGCCAAAAAUGGAAAGAUACGUCGUCGAAUCAAUGAAAAACAUCACAGAUGAAAUCAGUGAAUCCAUUUCAUUGAUCUCCAACAUGGGAAUACCUUGGAAUGAGGAUACUGACAUGUUGUUCUACUACAUAGUAGAAGAAAGAAUCGACAGCAUAACUAUGGGUCAUUUCCAAAACAAAAUUGAUGGUCCACCCAAAUUGCGUGGUUACAAAGAAUUACUGGAAUUUUUGAAGCAACGUAUCAGCAUUUUAACGGUGGAAUCUUCAAACGAAGAGAAAGGCAACAAGAAGCCUGCAAAGAAAAUAAGUUUCCGGGAAUUUAAAAGCCAGGACACACCUAACCAAAAAACGUCAUUGGUCGCCACUCCAAGCACGUCCCCGAACAUCUUUAAUGCCAACAAGAAAUGUGAUUGCAAAGAACCCCACUACAUAUCGAAAUGUCCAGUAUUUGCUGCACUAAACCUAAAAGGCAAAAUGGAGAAAUUGAGGAAUUGGAAGAUGUGCUGGAAUUGCCUAGUAAAAGGGCACGAAAUACGAGAUUGUAAACAAAAAAAUAGUUGUACCAAGUGCAACAGAAAACACCACACUCUAAUGCAUUCGGAGAAAAUGGCUACGUCAUUAUUGGGAACAACAACUAAAAAUGAGCAUCUUGAUCAUGUGUUCUUGGCAACCGCAAUAAUUAAUGUCAUUGGGUCAAAUGGACAACCGUGUCAAGCCAGAGCAUUAUUGGACUCUGGUUCCCAAAUAAAUAUCAUAACACAGAAGUUAUGCAACAAAAUUAAAGCAAAAUCAAGCCAAUCAAGCUUGAAAAUUAAUGGAGUAGGAUCAUCGCAAGUGGAAUCAACAAAACGAGCAAGUUUUGUUAUUAAAUCAAUGGCAUCUGGAUUCGAGGCGAAUCUAGAAGCGUUCGUCCUAAAGGAGGUCAGCACGUGUCAACCAUUGAACGAAGUAAACACAAGCAGAUGGAAAAUUCCAAAAAAUAUCAACUUAGCUGACCCUAAUUUCAACAUACCAGCAGCAAUUGACAUCAUCAUUGGUGGAGAGCUUUUCUUCAAACUAAUUUCCAUUGGACAAAUCGAGAUUGGAAAAUCCUUACCAGAUUUGCAAAAUACGGUGUUCGGUUGGGUAGUAACUGGAAAAGUGCUGGGCCUACAACAGCAGGAAGCUUUCGUGGGAAUGGUAAAUGAAACUCAGCUCGAAAAACAAAUUGAAAAAUUCUGGCAAUUGGAAGAACGCUACAAGGUCAAGAAACCAAUGACUGAUCGCGAAGUAAAUUGUGAGGAAUAUUUCGACAAAACUACUAUGAGAGAUAGUGACAAUGGAAAAUUUAUUGUGAAUUUGCAAUUCAUAAAAGAACCAUCAAUGCUGGGCAACUCGAAAAAUAUGGCCAUAAGGCGAUUCCUGUUCUUGGAAAGACGAUUCCAAAAGGAUCCGGAGCUAAAAGAGGAAUACGUUACUUUUCUACGAGAAUACGAAAACCUUGGGCACAUGGAACGAGUACAGUUGGAAAAUAUAACUGAUGAGAAUUAUUUCAUACCUCAUCAUGCCGUUAGGAACCCAUCCAGCAGCACAACGAAAUUUAGAGUAGUUUUCGAUGGAUCGGCAAAAACUACAACGAAUAUUUCACUGAAUGAAAUACUGGCUAAUGGUCCAAUGCUUCAAGACGACUUAUUUUCCAUAUUAGUUCGUUUCAGAAAACACGCGAUAGUGUUUUCAGCGGACAUUACAAAAAUGUAUCGCCAAGUAGAAGUGACUGAAAGUCACCAAAAAUGGCAGAUGAUUAUUUGGCGAGAACAACCAGACCAACCAUUGGGAUUUUAUAAACUAAAAACAUUGACAUAUGGGCUAACAUGUUCUUCUUAUUUGGCAAUAAAAGCACUUCAAACAUUGGCAGAAGAGCACAAGAACGUCUAUCCUGAAGCCGCAAAAAUAGCAAAAUCAGAUUUUAACGUUGACGAUGUUAUGACUGGAGCCGAAAAUGUGGAACAAGCGCUAGUGCUACAAGAGCAAUUAAUACAGAUGUGCAAAAGUGGACAUUUUGAACUACAUAAAUGGUGCUCCAAUCAUCCAAUGUUAUUGGAAACAAUACCAGCAAAGAAGCGAGAAGUAAGCCUGGAGAUCAAUGCAGAAAAAACAGAAACGAAGGCAUUGGGAGUAAAAUGGAUUCCCAAAGACGACAUUUUUAUGCUUUCGUACGUUCCAAAAGAGCAUAACAAAGUCACAAAGCGGACAGUCUUAUCGGAACUAUCACAAUUAUUUGACCCACUUGGCUUCGUAAAUCCG